CGCAGAGUAAUAAGAAAGUACUGCCAACGUCGCGCGCCAGUAUCGUGGGUUCCGCUACGGCGAGUAGUACUGGUACACAUUUGAUUGGCGGAGUUCUUUCUUAUGGAAGCCGAAGAACCCUAAAGUACUGUUUGAGAAAAAAAAAUUAUUCUUGUGAGGAAUUUUAUUUUUGGACUUUUAUUUUGUAUUGUGGUGCCAUAAAUAAUUUUUUUUUGAUUCAAAAUGGCGUCAAUUAUGCACUUAAUAGUUGAAAACUAUAAUGAAUUAUUGGAAAGUAAAAAAGAUCCCCUUGUAGACUCAUGGCUUUUCAUGCACUCCCCCCUGCCAGUAUUCUCCAUUCUAGUCGCCUACCUCUGGUUCGUGCUGUACUUUGGACCGAACUACAUGAAAAAUAGAAAACCGUUUGAAUUAAAAUCCGCCAUGAUAAUAUAUAACUUGUACCAGGUGUUGUUUAGUAUAUGGCUGUGUUCGCACGCUCUAAACGUCAAAAACGCGAUACCUCACUUUUUGAAGCACACUUGUAGAAACCCGUCACCAAAUAAGGAAUUUCAAGCAUUACUUGCAACAGGAGCUUGGUGGUAUUUUUUUUCAAAAAUAACUGAACUACUGGACACGGUGUUCUUUGUAAUGAGGAAAAAGCAGAAUCAGGUUAGCUUUUUACAUGUCUAUCACCAUUCGGUUACCAUGGUCGGAUCAUGGGCCUAUCUUAAAUAUCUUCCAGGUGAACAGGGCGUCGUUAUCGGUUUCCUUAACUCUUUGGUUCAUGUAGUCAUGUAUUUCUAUUAUUUCCUGUCUGCCUUGGGACCCAAAUACCAAAAAUACUUGUGGUGGAAGAAGUACAUGACCUGGAUGCAAUUGACUCAAUUUGGUAUCAUGCUGGUCUACUUAGCCUUCGUAGUAGUAAUGGACUGCAAACUGCCUAGAGCGCUGACCUACUUCUUUGUUACCAACGUGGUCAUUUUCAUGUACCUCUUUGCUGAUUACUAUAGGAAGGCAUAUUACGGAAAAUCAAAGAAAAUUGCAACUAGUCAAAGUGAAAGUCUUAAGACCAAAGAAAAUGGUAUUUGCCAGCACAAAAAUGGUGUGGUAGUAAACGGAAAAUUCAUCGAAAAUGGCAAAAUAAUCCACGAAAAUGGAAAAAUCAUGGUGCGAGUAAAUGGAAACCAAACUGAAAUCAACCAAAACGACAUUUCCUUACCCAAAGAGUUAUCCGAUAAGAAGAAAGGUUAAAAGGAUUGUUACCAAUAUUUAGAUUUUAAUAUUUAUUCGCGUUGUGAUUUAACUUGCGAAAACUAUAUUGCGUAAAAACUGUUUACCUAAUAUUGUUUUCUUUUUUUUUGUCUUACUAUAAAUAUUUUAUAGUAAUUCGAAACUAUAGUUUUUUUUUUGAUAAAAUAUUAAUAAACCUUAAUAUUAGCAUAUAAUUUAAGGACAGUGUCUUAAUAUUAUGGACAAUAAAAUUGGAAUUGUAGGUGUUUUUUA